CUGAGAAGCCCGAACGGAGCGGCGGGCGCUCGGCGCCGCUGGGGGCAGAGAGCAUGGGUAGUAGCUCACUGUCCGAGGACUACCGCCUUUGCCUGGAGCGGGAACUGCGGCGCGGCCGCGCGGGCGUGUGCGGAGAUCCGUCGCUGCGGGCCGUGCUCUGGCACAUCCUCGUGGAAGACUUCGACCUGCACGGGGCGCUGCAGGAUGACGCGCUGGCACUGCUCACCGACGGCCUGUGGGGGCGCGCCGACCUGGCCCCCGCGCUGCGCGGCCUGGCCCGUGCCUUCGAGCUGCUGGAGUUGGCCGCCGUGCACCUGUACCUGCUGCCGUGGAGAAAGGAGUUCACCACCAUCAAGACGUUCUCUGGGGGAUACGUGCACGUGCUAAAGGGCGCACUCUCGGAGGACCUCCUCAUGCAGAGCUUCCAGAAGAUGGGCUACGUGCGCAGGGAUGCCCACCGCCUCAUGGUGGCUGCCCUGCCUCCCGCCCGCCAGCUGGUGCAAGUGGCCCUGGGCUGCUUCGCGCUGCGGCUGGAGUGCGAGAUCCUGGGUGAGGUGCUGGCGCAGCUGGGCACCAGCGUGCUGCCAGCCGAGGAGCUGCUGCAGGCACGGCGGGCCAGCGUGGACGUGGCCUCCUGUGUGGCCUGGCUGCAGCAGCGACUGGCCCGAGAGGAAGAACAGCCACCCCUGCCCCGCCGUGGCUCCCCCACCGGGUGCCAGGCCCCGCUGGACCUGUACCGGGACGUGCAGGAGGACGACGGCUCAGAUGAGGCCAGCCUGUACGGGGGGCCCUCGUCUGGCCCCGACUCACCUGCCUCAGAACUGGCCUGCCGGCCUAGGUUCUGGGAGCAGAGUGCCAGACUGUGGGGGGCGGGGGGUGGGCCAUGGGAGCCAGCUGAGGCCAGCAGCCCCACCUCCGGGGCCUCAGAAGAGGAGGAGCCCCAGCCCGAAGCCUUCUCCUUCCUCUCACUGCGUAGAGAGCUGCUUAGUCGGCCUGGGGACCUGGCCCCUCCCCGUGCCCCUAGGAGCCCUGAGCAGGCCAGCCCCCCACCCGUCCCCGAGCCUCCCGGCUACCAGAUGCACACUUGCCUGGCCCCAGGAGCCCUGCCCGCCCUCUGCUGCGACACGUGUCGCCAGCUGCACGCCGCCCACUGUGCCACCCUUCCCAGCUGUCACCCCGGCCACAGCCUGCGCACCCUGCGUGGGAACAGCCAGCGGCGUCUGUGGCUGCAGCGAGCCCAGGUGGACGCCCUGCUCUACGACAGCCCAGCGGCUGGGCCAUAGACCCAGCUGGCCCCAGGUCAAGGGCUCUCUGGAGAAACUCCGUGGUGCUUUUCUGGGGCUUGUCCCGCCUCAGGCCCCGCCCACUGGCCACCCUGCUCUUCCUGCCGAGUGGAGUGUCUGCCCUACCAGGUGAGGUGGGGACUCACCCUCCAUAGACAGCUCCCCACUGGUCGCACACCCCCCACUCUGAAAGGCAGGGUGGGAGACCUCAAAGGCUGCCCACCCCAGAUCCAGUGGUAACGGCGCAGAUGCCGGCAUUCAUUCCCCAGCUCACUGGGCUGGGGGUGCUCUGCCCACCAGGACUCCUGGGGCAGGUGCCAGUCUUCUGUGUGGCCUCUGCUCAAUGGUGCCCCCACACCAGGCCGUCUGCCCUCCUCCCUCACACCUGUCACGUCACACAAAUCACAACCUCCAAGUACAUUAAAGGACACUGGCUCCAACCACG